CGCCCGGGACGUAGGUGCAGAAGGCGAACAAAAGCCGAGCCCCGCGGCCCAGGUGGCGACUCGGUCACGGCUGGCCGGGCCCGGCCCGGCCCGGCCCGGUCCGCAGCUGCGCUCGCUCCCGCCGCGGGGCCGACGCGGACAGAGGCCCCUGUGGGGACGGUCCAGCCCUUCAGACGGCGGGCGCCCGGCUCGAGGCCCGCAGCCGCCUCCAUCUUGGCCGGCGGAGGCGGGAGACGUGUCGGGGCCCAGGGCUAGAAAUCAUCUUCAGGCCAAUUUUCUGGUGAAAGUUUGGCAGAAAUUAAGGAGGAAAACAUUGCCACGAAAGGAGUGUUUCUGAGAAAGAAGUUUUCCAGGAAAGUUUACUGCUUGGAAAAUAGAAGCCUGGAUGCCAACUCUCUGGAAAUCAAGUGGAAGAGGGGGCAUUUCACAUGCAUGAUAUUGAACAUUCACCAGUGCCUGGUUCUUUGGCAUGGAUAAAUGUUCAGCAGGAGGACUAGACUUGACUGAACAGACUCCUGUUUUACUAGGGAGUAAAGCGAUGGCAGCUAGUCUCAUGGACGUAGGAAGUUCAUUUGGUGGCCCAACUAGGCCUUUAGUUAAUAGAUCUAGACACUUGUCGGUGGAAGAUGAUGGUGAUGAUGAUGUUGUGUUUAUUGAAUCUAUACAACCUCCUUCAAAUUCCACUCCAAUAAUAGCUGAUCAAAGAAAUAUAUUUGCUGCAUCAAGAAAUGAAAAGCUACAAGGAAAAUAUUCCAUAAUUCUUCCUUCCUCAAGAGAUUUGGCUUCUCAGAAGGGACGUAUAAGUGAGACAAUUGUCAUUGAUGAUGAAGAGGACAUGGAAACAAAUGGAAGGGAAAAGACAAUUUCUUCCAGUUUUAUUGAAUGGGCACUUCCUGGAACUAAAAACAGAACCAAAGAUGUGGAUUUCUCCACUUCCAGUCUUUCAAGAAGUAAGACCAAGACUGCAGUAGGACCUUUUAAUCCUGGUAGAAUGAAUGUGGCAGGAGAUGAAUUUCAGAAUGGAGGAUUUGCAACUCAUCAUAGUCCUGAUUCUUGGAUCUCCCAAUCAGCAUCCUUUCCCCGAAAUCAGAAACAGCCAGGGGUGGAUUCUUUGUCGCCAGUGGCCUCGCUUCCUAAACAGAUUUUCCAGCCUUCCGCCCAGCAGCAACCCACUAAGCCAGUUAAAAUCACUUGUGCAAACUGCAAAAAGCCUUUACAGAAGGGACAGACGGCGUAUCAGCGAAAAGGAUCUGCUCACCUCUUCUGUUCUACCACCUGCCUCUCUUCCUUCUCUCACAAGCGUACGCCAAAGAAACGCAAUGUGACAUGUAAAAAAGAUGCACCUGCAAAAAAGGCUGCUAUUGUUCCUCAAGGGGAGUCAAGUGAAUCCUUCCAAAGAUUUUGUAGUACAUCCUGUUUGUCUCCCUAUGAAGACAACCAGAAUUUUCGAAAGAGACUUCUGAAUAAAUCAAGAUGUACAAUUUGCAGUAAACUAACAGAGAUUCGUCAUGAAGUCAGCGUUAACAAUGUAACACAUAAGCUGUGCAGUAACCAGUGCUUUAACAAGUACAGGUUGGCCAAUGGUCUAGUGAUGAAUUGCUGUGAGCAGUGCGGGGAGUACCUGCCCAGCAAAGGUGCUGGAAACAAUGUCCUGGUCAUUGAAGGUCAGCAGAUGAGAUUUUGCUGCCAAAGUUGUGUUAACGAAUAUAAACAGAUGAUGGAAACAAACUCAAAAAAAAUGUUAGCAUCAGAAGACAGAAAAAGGAACGCUGUUAGAGAAGAAAAUGAAAGAGAAUUAUAUGGGUCAUUGAAUACACUUUUGGAAAAAAUAGAAAGAAUACCAGAGAGAAAGGAAAAGACAUCAGAACUACAGGUUUCAGCAGAAUGUAGCCAAGGUCCAUCAUUGGUCCACCAGGCUGUGAAUCUGUCUCCUUCUGUGUCAGCCACAGCUGAUAAAUUUCAAGAGCAACUGGAAGAAAAACAAUCACAAGACUCCAUUAUACCAGCUGUGCUUUCUGCAGAUCCAGGUACAUGGCCCCGAGUGUUGAGUAUUAAACAAAGGGACAGUCUAGUUGAAAAUGAUCCCCCUCAAGUAAGAAAUUUUAACUUUCCAAAAGACAGUACAGGGAGGAAGUUUUCGGAAACUUACUAUACAAGAAUUCUUCCAAAUGGUGAGAAAACCACUAGGUCCUGGUUACUUUAUUCGACCUCGAAAGAUUCUGUGUUUUGUCUGUAUUGCAAACUCUUUGGGGAAGGAAAAAAUCAACUAAAGAAUGAAAAUGGGUGCAAAGAUUGGCAGCAUUUAUCACAUAUUCUUAGCAAACAUGAGGAGAGUGAAAUGCACAUCAACAAUAGUGUUAAAUAUUCAAAAUUAAAAUCUGAUUUGAAAAAAAGUAAAACUGUUGAAGCUGCAGAACACAGAUUACAGGAGAAUGAGGGAAAGGAUGGUGUGAAGCUGUUGUACAGCUUAGACCUGAUCUGACAUGAUGAGGUUACACACUUACUCAGACCUGUAUCCCGAUAGUCUGUGCCGCAGAGGCUCCCAGACAGGGUGAUUCAUCAGCUCAUUAGCAAUAAGUAUCACAGCAGGUAACUAGUAAAGACGGGUUCUAUUCCAAAUUCUAAAGCUAAUUGGAUUCGUAGUGAUUAAUGCCGACCUCAGUGAAGGCCGUUGUUGAUCUUUUCAGUCUUUCAAUUCACACCUUUUAAAAUGGGCACUUCAGGACGGACAUUUGACCAGUGUGGCUAAUAUUCUGUUCUGAUUAAUUUCGAAAGAGGGAGAGAAAGGCUUUAAUUUAUCCGUACCAGUUGAAUAAGAUAUUGAUGUGAACAAGCAUUGUCAAUCAGAAGCACAGUGGGAUCUGAAACUGCAGCUUUUUGCUAUUAAACCAGAUACUUAUGGCUUAUUUCAUUUGGGCAAAAUGUUAUUUUAUUAUUUGAGCAAAGCAGCAUCAUUUGUUACAUUAAAUAAAGUGGUUAAUUUGUGUUUUUCUGGUUUUGUUUUGUUUUAAUUUAAUUUGUAAAUGUUUUAGCUUUUAUUGUCGUGAAAACUAUAUAAGCAUAAAGAGUGUAUACCUAUUUUUAUGUUGGUACAAAUAUAAGAAAUAUUAAAAUAAAAAUAUAUUAACCUU